CCCCGGGCAAUAGGGGAUCAUAGGGCCCCUGUGUCCUUGCCCAAACUCAAAAAAGCCUAUGAAAAAGGUACCAGGGGCAUCUCAUGGGUCCCCCUACUGACCCCGGGCCAUCAGGCAAUGCCCGAGUUUCCAAAUGGUCAGUCCGCCCCUGACCACAGCCUAUAUGCAGCUCAUGGACCACCCGCUCCUCCUCAGUAAACUCCACUCCAUCGCCUUCUGUGACUCUGCUCUCUCCUGGUUCCUGGUUCUCCUCUUACCAGCGCACUUUCAGUGUCACAUACAACUCCUCCUCUCCUCCUCUUCCCCUUUCUGU